UUCCCCAUCUCACUCCUGGAAUUGGGUUGGUAAGAAGCAGCAGUUAUAGAUCAUAAGUUUCAACACUUUGUAAAUCCUCUUUCCUGGCAUGUUUCCUAUGCAUCGUGGCUAGUUAUAAAAGUCAUAGUUUUUUAGUAAGCGCCACUCUCCAGCUUCUGUACUCAAAGGCAUGCUGGCAGAGGGUCCCAAAGCUGGGGCGAGGAGUUGGAGGAGGUUGGGGUAGAACGUACUGGGAAUAAGUGCUUUGCUCUUAGCUCUCAGUGACAGAGUAGAAAGUCAGUGUAUCUCAGACGUAAAUAAUUUCUCACUCUUUUGGGAAAUGGAUUGUCAGUACAACAAAUGUCAAGUAGCUAAAGUUUUGACAUCAUAAUCUGUCACUCUGAUCUUUUUGGGUGGUUUCCUUCCUUCCUUCUCUUAUUCCCUUUGUCAGGAGAUCCAGGUGCUCACAAACUGGCCAGAUAAUUGUGAGCUUUGAUUUCAUAAGCUUUCUUCUCUGUCCACUUUUGUUCUUCUCUUGCUCAAUGGAAUGUGUGUGUCUACCACCUUGUAUCUGGUGACAUUCUUCCUGGCAAACCCCUCAGGAAGAACAGCAAAGGAAAGAUGUUAAAAAAGAUGGCCCUAGCACCACCAGUGUGAGCAGUACCAGCACCAGUGGCACCAGUGGGAGCAGCGCCGGUGGGGAGGCGAGCAAGUAAGUGUGGCGUGAGGAAGCAGUUGCGUCUGUCAUCAGAGAAACAGCCAGAAUGGGGAGGUGGAUUUUUAGUGAUGUGGAUUUUUAGUGAUGGCUCCACUGGGUCCUGGGAAUCACAGUGACUUGGUUUAAUGAUCUUCUCCUCUUCACAUUCCAACAUAGGCUUGUGGCUCUGUUCUGGCAUCUUUCUGUUUCAGUUGAAGAAAACAGCCAGGGGACCCCUGAUUUGGAAACAGCAGCUUUUGCUGCGCUUUGGGGGGAAAUGGCCACUUCAGAUGCCUGACAGCAUUCAGGGCUGUGUGCAAGUUGGUGUUGCUGUGAACGCCUGCCAGGUCACCUGGCACUCUUUGGUCUUUUAUUGCUGUUCUACCCUGAUCUUUCUGUCACUCCUUUUCCUUGGGGAAAAGGAGAAAACCUUCUUGAUAAUGAGAAUUUAUUCCCUCCUUUACAGGAAGAAGAGGAGUCGGAGCCAUAGUAAAAGCAGGGAUAGAAAGCGCAGUCGUAGUCGGGACCGGGACCGGCACAGGCGGAGGAGCAGUCGGAGCCGAAGUCGAGACCGGCAGCGGCGCCACCGCAGCCGGAGCUGGGACCGGCGGCACAGCAGUGAGUCCCGCAGUCGUGACCGGCGGCGUGAGGACCGUGUGCGCUACAGGAGCCCGCCUCUUACCACUGGGCGCAGGUACGCACACAGUAAGAGCCCUCAUUUCAGAGAAAAGAGCCCGGUCAGGGAGCCCAUUGAUAAUCUGAGUCCCGAGGAGCGUGAUGCCCGCACGGUAUUCUGUAUGCAGUUAGCUGCCCGCAUUCGGCCUCGGGACCUGGAGGACUUUUUCUCUGCUGUUGGCAAGGUUCGUGACGUCCGAAUCAUCUCUGAUCGGAACUCCCGUCGUUCUAAGGGCAUCGCCUAUGUGGAGUUUUGUGAAAUCCAGUCCGUGCCGCUGGCCAUUGGGCUGACCGGGCAGCGGCUGCUUGGAGUGCCCAUCAUUGUCCAGGCUUCACAGGCUGAGAAAAACCGACUGGCAGCCAUGGCUAACAACCUGCAGAAGGGCAGCAGCGGGCCAAUGCGCCUCUAUGUGGGCUCCCUGCACUUCAACAUCACAGAGGACAUGCUUCGGGGCAUCUUUGAGCCGUUCGGCAAAAUUGAUAAUAUUGUCUUGAUGAAGGAUUCAGAUACAGGCCGUUCUAAAGGUUAUGGUUUCAUUACGUUCUCAGACUCUGAGUGUGCCCGGCGGGCCCUGGAACAGCUGAAUGGCUUUGAGCUUGCUGGUCGACCUAUGAGAGUUGGCCAUGUGACUGAGCGUCUGGAUGGUGGCACAGACAUCACUUUUCCAGAUGGGGACCAGGAGCUGGAUCUGGGAUCAGCAGGUGGACGUUUGCAGCUCAUGGCCAAAUUGGCAGAAGGUUCUGGAAUCCAGCUGCCUACCCCAGCUGCAGCUGCCGCCGCCGCCGCCGCCCAGGCUGCUGCUGCCUUGCAGCUGAAUGGGACGGUGCCCUUGGGGGCCCUGAACCCUGCGGCUCUGACCGCUCUGAGUCCGGCCUUGAACCUCGCCUCCCAGGCAAUUGCCUCCCAGUGCUUCCAGCUUUCCAGCCUCUUUACCCCUCAGACCAUGUAAAUCAGUGGUGCAGUACACUGCCUCCCUGUGCCUCUGGGUCCUGCCACUCCCUUCUCCACAUCUACCCUUCCACGGCCCCUUCUCCAUUUUGUGGACCAAGCCAUCCUGAGCGCGUGGAUAUUGACUGUGCAGGAAUUGGGGCCACCCUUGAACUCAAGAAGAGCUCCUGCCCAGAGCCCCAUUGGAAAUGGACUCUGCUGAGCAAAGCCACUAGUCAAAGAGGACAGAAUCUGCACCUGCGUUGAACACCUGUUUCUCCAUGUAUGUCGUCUUCUAGGAUGACCUUCAUUGCUCUUUCCAACCACCUCUUAGUGAUUCCUCGGUUCCUCCCCUGUUGGGAAGGCCAUAGGGCAUUAACUGAAGGAACUAACCUCUCUUCUCUUCCUGUACCCCUUAAGACCUCUGGUCCAAGAGGACUUUGGAGUCUAGGGGGGGAAUGGUGAACGUUGAAGGUGCUGGCUUGCUGCUGCACAGGUCCCAGAAGAUGGCAAGGACAUGCAUGUUGUGAAGCCUGCCUUAGGCCUCACUUGGGGCCAGAACUGCUCCUGUGGGCUCAGCAUCUUGCUGGGAGGUGUGGGAAUGAUCUGUCCUGCCAGGCAUUUUGGAUGUCUUAGGGGCGGGGCUUUCAGGAGUUUAGCGAAAGGUGGGAUACCUUUCCAGUAUCUUUUAUCUUCCUUUGUAUAGUUGUCCUUCCUCCCAGGUCCUUCCUGUGGCCCAGGAUGGGGGGAUGGAGAGGAGGCUGCUACUCUCUACCAUUUCCCAUGUGCCUCUACUGUGGGCUCAACCCCAGCUGUUAAAGCUGCUCCUGUCCCCUACCUGGGCACACAUGAGCCCUUUCACUGGAUUUUAUACCCUUGUGUCUGUGUACAUAAAAAUAUAUGUAUAUGCAUGUGUACAUACAUGUGCAUACGUACACAUACAUGUGCAUAUAUGCAUAUAAACUUUGUAUAAAAGGCAGGCUCCACUGUUGUGGCCGCUGCCCAUAUGUGUGUGGUCUCAGUCAGUUGGUGUGUUUGAUGCUAAUAACUUCUUAUGAGCCAAAACCAUGAAUGGUUCUAGGGAUAGAAAACAUUUGUAAAGCUUUUGUGUUUUUUCCUUUAUUUUAAUUUUGUUUUAUCUAACCUUGCUUAGAAAUUAAAGUGGAUGGAAGGCACACACCUGGA